AUGCUGCCUUACCUGUUCCCUGAGCUGUCCACCUUUGCUACAGUCGCCGAUCUCAUCACCCACCUUCGCACUAGUGACACUCGCCUGCGUGCAGCCCUUCCCACCGAGUUCUGCGCUAAGAACCCCCCUCCACUGUACUGGACACUCCACUUCAUAGUCACCCGUCUCCCUGACACCCUCAGCUCAGUGCGCGACUAUUUCCUUGCUCGCUGUCCCACUGAGCUCACUGUCGACCUCCUAGAGGAGAAGCUGCUAGCAGCCGAGAAGAGCAUUGUAGCUGUCGGUGCUGCUCGCGGCGCUCCUCGCACCCCCAUCUUUGAGGGGUGCUCUCCCUCUCCCCUCGCUCCCUCCUACGCUACUGCUGCUGCUGUUGACUUCCUUGGUGCUGAGUCUGCUGGCGCUGCUUCUGCUCCUGGUGGGAGGCGCCGCACCGGCAAGGGCAAGGGGGGCAAGGGUGGCGGGGGUGGCGCUGGGGGGGGAGGGGCGGAGGCGGGGGCGGCGGAGGGAGCGGUGGCGGUGGUGGUAGCGGUGGCAGUGGUGGCGGUGGCGGUAGCGGCGGUGGCGGUGGCGGCGGUGGCGGUCGGAGCGGAGGUAGUGGCGGCGGUGGAGGUCGGAGUGGAGGCACCGGCUCGGGCCAGAGCUCCCAGCAGCAGCGUCCCCAGACGACCCAGCAGCUUCGUGAGUGGCUUGCUCAGCGUGGGACGUCGGGGGGGGAGUGGCCGCUGUUCCUAUGUCAUUCGCACAGGUGAUCGCAAGGGGCAGAAGUGUGGGAAGUUCCACACCCAGUACCGCUGCUUCUCCCGCCUUGACGACGCUUGGCGUGAGGAGAUGGGCGAGGAUGUUGAGCGCCCCCGCUGGGCUGAUCUGAUGAGGGCUGGUGUUGAUAUCUUUGCUCUUGACUAUGAUGCUAUUAUUGCUGCCAUGUAUGCAUUGACUGUUAGUGCCGAGGGAGACUGUUACUUGUGUGUGCCACCUGACCCAGGUAUAGAGCCCACUGCCCUAGGUACUAGUGAGUCUGCUCUCUCUGGUACUGUGCCCUCUGUGGCUGCUCCCUCCGGUACUGUCCCUGCUGCUAGUGAGUCUGCUCUCUCAGGUACAGCACCCACAGAGACUGCUCUCUCAGGUACUGCACCUGCUGAGGCCUUGCACACCUUCACUCUUGACUCAGUCCUUGCACGGUCCACCACUGUGCUCCCGUGUCCGGCGGUUCCGUCUGGCUCGUUGUCGGGUUUCCACCUCCCCUCGUUCUCGACGAACCUGGUGAGCAACGCUGUCAUCCAGGAUCAGUGGGUUGACACCUUUACCCCUGGAGGACAGCGUGUGGCGAUCCUCACGUGCUCCAGGACCGGCCGUCACCUGGCUACGUUUACCCGUCAGCCGGGGUCGAGUCUCUACACACUGACCACUGUGUCUCCUCAGGUCGCUGCUGUCGGUCAGGUGUCCGCGUCAGGUCUGGUAGCCCACGCCUGUGAGUGUCGUUCCCUGUCACACCAGACUCUUCUCUGGCACCACCGCCUGGGUCACCCCUCCUUGCCACGCCUCCGUGGCAUGCACCGUCGCCACCUUGUGUCUGGUCUUCCCAGGUCCCUCCCUCCCCUCCCUGCCUCGCCUGCGCCGCCUUGCCUUCCUUGCAUCGAGGGGCGGCAGCGCGCCGCUCCUCACUCCUCCUCGUUCCCCCCGACAGAGGCUCCUCUGCAGACCCUCCACCUGGACGUGUGGGGCCCAGCCCGCGUUCGUGGCCAGGGCGGUGAGCGGUACUUUUUGCUGGUUGUCGACGACUACUCGCGUUACACCACGGUCUUCCCCUUGCGCACCAAGGGUGAGGUCCCUGCUGUUCUGAUCCCUUGGAUCCGCACAGUUCGUCUCCAGCUCCGCCGCCGUUUCCGGACAGAUCUUCCUGUCCUGCGUCUGCACUCUGACAGAGGUGGUGAGUUCUCCUCCGACCUCUUGAGGACCUUCUGUCAGGCGGAGGGCAUCGAGCAGACCUUCACGCUUCCGGGCUCCCCGCAGCAGAAUGGGGUUGCUGAGCACCGCAUUGGCCUGGUCAUGGAGGUCGCUCGUACCUCCUUGGUCCAUGCGGCGGCUCCCCAUUUUCUGUGGCCGUUUGCUGUCCGGUACGCCGCGCAUCAGCUCAACCUCUGGCCCCGUGUCUCCUUGCCGGAGACCUCGCCCGCACUGCGUUGGACGGGGGAGGUUGGCGAUGCGUCGCGCUUCCGGGUGUGGGGUGCUCGUGCCCUUGUCCGCGAUACGUCCGCGGACAAGCUCUCCCGCACGCUUCCCUGUGUCUUCCUUGGCUUUGACGUCACCUUUGACGAGUCGGUCCCUUUUUACCGUCUCUUCCCCUACCGCACUGCCCCCCUCCCUCCCCCGCCGCUUUUCCUCGCUCCUGGUCCCCCUCCGGUAGACCCCCUUCCCCCUCAGGGUCCUGCUCCUUCAGGUGUCUCUCAGGUAGACCCUCCUCCCGUCGCUGAGCCUGUCGAGGUCACAGGUGACUCAGGUGCUGCUGCGGGUGGUGCUGAGCCUGGGGGUGCUGGGCCUGGGGGUGCUGGGGCUGCGGGUGCUGGGACUGAGGGUGCUGGAGCUGAGGGUACGGUGCCUGAGCGUACGGAGCCUGGGGGUGCUGAGCCUGGGGGUACUGCGUCUGGGGGUGCUGAGCCUGGGGCCUACAUAGCCGGGUUGCUGCGUCUGGGGGUGCUCCGGUUCGGGGUGCUGAGCCGUCUCUCCGGGAGCCUCUCACACAGCAGCAGCUUCGUGACUGGUACGUCUGGCGCUUUCGCCAUCCUCGUGGCCCUGCUGGAGUUGGAGGUUCUGGAGCUGCUCGUCCUGGAGGUGCUCGUACUGGAGGUACUGGAGCUGCCGGGGCUGGUUGUUCUGGGAGCACUGAGGCUGGAGCUGCUCGAAAUGGGGACUCUGGAGCUGGCGGUACUAGCGGAGUUGGAGCUGCCGGCUCUGGGGGUGCUCUUCCUGGAGGUACUGGAGCUGCUGGAGCUGACGACACUGGAGCUGACGGUCUUGGAGGCGUUUUGUCCUGCUGGUUCUGGAGGUGCUGGCGAGGGGAGGUCUGACGCUGCUGGGGCCUCUGGUGCUGACGUCGCCGGCUCUGGGGGUGCUGCGGCGGGGGGCGCUGGUACUGGUGCUUCUGGUGCUGCGGGUGCUGGAGGUACUGGCGGAGCUCCGCCGUCGCGACUGUUCUUCGCUCCACCGUCGCCGUCGGCUUUGCCACCGCCUGACACGGUGCUUCGCCAGGUUCUUUCCCUCCCGUCUUCCACUGGCCUUCCCCUCCAGCCUGGCUCCCCCCUCCCUGCUCCUGUGCCUUACACUGCACAGCCGGACUCGCUUACGGAGCGUCGUGAGCCUGCGUCUCGUCCUGCCUCGCCUGUUCGCGCUGCUCGCACUGCGCGCACUGGUCCCACUGGUCGUCGUGUCGCGCGUCCGCGUCCUCCUCCUGUUCCUGGCACGCACAUUAUGGCCCUUCGUCCUUCCACUGGUCCACAGCGUGUCCCCCUACCGUCUCCUCCUGCGUCUUCUCUUCCUGACGUUCCCGACCCUGAGUCUGACAGUGUUCGUGCUGCCCACCCUACUGUUACGCGUCUUCUCGCCACUGUUGUCACUGACCCGUCGUUUGAGUCUGCUGCUGCGUCUGCCCUGGUCGCUGAGCUUGUCGACUUUGCUGCUGCCUGUCGUCUAGACUACGCUGCCAGUCUUGUUGCUGAGUCUGAGUCUGUCUGUCCUUCGUCCGUCGGGGGUGAGUGUGCUCUUGGCACGGACAUCCUUGAGGACAGGCAGGAGGACUUUGACUCUCUUGCGGCUGCUGUACCUCAUCUCGUGGCCUGGUUGCUUGCCCUUGAGGGAGACCCGGAUGCACUAGACAUCCCCACUCCGCGCUCUUACGCAGAGGCGAUCUCGGGUCCCUACUCCUCUCAGUGGCAGGCAGCCAUGGACGCAGAGAUGGCAUCCUGGAAGUCCACAGGCACCUACGUCGACGAGGUUCCCCCUCCUGGGGCGAACAUCGUCGAUGGCAUGUGGAUUUUCAAGGUGAAGCGGCCGCCAGGUUCUCCACCUGUCUUCAAGGCUCGUUACGUUGCUAGAGGCUUCAGUCAGCGUUUGGGAGUUGACUUCUUCCAGACCUUCUCCCCCAACCCGAAGAUGACCACUCUUCGGGUUCUGCUGCACGUUGCCGCUCAGCGUGACUACGAGCUUCACUCUCUUGACUUCAGCAUAGCUUUCUUGCAGGGCAGCCUGCACGAGGAGAUCUGGCUGCGCCGCCCACCUGGCUUUACUGGGUCGUUCCCUCCUGGUACCCAGUGGAGCCUUCGCCGGCCAGUCUACGGUCUCCGCCAGGCGCCGCGCGAGUGGCACGACACACUGAGGACGACACUUGCGGCACUUGGGUUUGCUCCCUCCACUGCAGACCCGUCGCUGUUUCUCCGCACCGACACCUCGCUGCCGCCGUUCUACAUCCUCGUGUACGUCGACGACUUGGUCUUUGCUACUGCUGACACUGAGGCACUCGCCCACGUGAAGUCGGAGCUGCAGAAGAGACACACGUGCACUGAUCUGGGUGAGCUGCGCAGCUACCUUGGCUUGCAGAUCACCCGGGACAGAGCACGCCGCACCAUCACCUUGACUCAGUCACACAUGGUGCAGCAGAUCCUUCAGCGCUUCGACUUCCAGUACUCCUCACCACAGUCCACUCCUCUGUCUACACGUCACUCGCUCUCAGCUCCACCUUCGGACGAGUCCGUAGAGCCGAGUGGCCCGUACCCAGAGCUUGUGGGCUGCCUCAUGUACCUGAUGACCUGCACUCGACCUGACCUUGCGUACCCUCUUAGCAUCCUAGCUCGCUACGUCGCGCCUGGGAGACACAGGCGAGAGCACUGGGAGGCUGCUAAGAGGGUGCUACGCUACUUGUGCAGUACAUCAGGCAUGGGGCUGGUGCUUGGAGGACGGGGUCGAGUUGUCCUCACUGGACACUCAGACGCCUCUUGGGUUGACGACCUGGCUACGCAGCGGUCGUCACUGGGUUACACCUUCAGCCUUGGCUCUGGCUCUGUCUCGUGGCGGUCUACUCGCUCGUCUUCUGUUCUCAGCUCCAGUUGUGAGGCUGAGAUCUACGCCACAGCCAUGGCUGCACAGGAGUUACGCUGGCUUACCUACCUGCUGACUGACCUGGGAGAGCGGCCUAGUUCUCCUCCAGUUCUGUACGGCGACAACAAGGCAGCCCUUGCCUUGUGUCAGGAGCACAGACUGGAGCACAGAACGAAGCACAUUGCUCUCCGUUACUUCCUGGCUCGAGAGCUGCAGCAGCGUGGCCAGCUUCGUCUUGCGUACGUCGACACACGGGCCAACACCGCUGACAUAUUCACCAAGGCACUUCCGCCUAGUGAUCAUCAGCGGCACUGCACUGCUCUAGGCCUUGUACCUACGUUCUCUCACUUGCUUACUGCUUGA